AUUAACUAUACUUGUGUCACGUCAGAAAGAGUUCAUACGUAAUGUUAUUUAUUUAUGUGAUUUCCUUUUUGUUACAAAGUUUCUGACGAAUAGCCACAUUUUUUAAAUCUAAUAGUAAUUAAUCAAUUUCACUAUACACAAAUGGCUGCGAUAGCUUUAAAGAUUAAAAAUAAGGAUGGUCAGCAUGUUUUAAAAGAUUUGACCUCUGAAAGUACAGUGGGCGAAUUGAAAAUAUUUCUCUCUAGUUUAUCGGACGUUGGUAUAGAAAGAAUUCACGUGUUAUUUGGUUAUCCACCAAAACCUCUCGACAUUAGCAAUGACAACAAAAAGUUAAAUGAAAUUGGUUUGAAGACAGGUGAAACUUUAAUUUUGGAAGAAAAGCAAGUUCAAGAAAAUGUGCAAAAAAAUGAACCAGAGAAGCCUCUAGAAAACGGUGUAGCAUCUCAUGAGACUAUAGGGUCAUGUCGACCAGGUAUUCUAAUGAAAAAAGUAGUCCCUCCAGAUAACUCUUGUUUAUUUACUAGCAUAGGUUUUGUACUAAAUGGUAAUGUGGAUACUAGUGUCCACACUUUAAUGCGACAGAUUAUAGCAAUGGAAGUGGCGAGUGAUCGUGAGACUUACAAUGAAGGAGUGCUCGGUCAGCCCAAUGCAGAUUAUUGUGCCUGGAUUCAGCAGCCGAGCUCCUGGGGUGGUGCUAUUGAGGUGGCUAUAUUAUCUCGUUUCUAUGGAAUUGAAAUGGCGGUUGUGGAUACAUUAAAUGCAAUAAUUAAUAGAUUUGGUGAAGAUAAGAAUUAUGGACAGAGAGUGUUUCUGUUGUUUGAUGGAGUACACUAUGACCCUCUUUACUUGGAACAAUCUGAUGGAGGUGUCCAAACAAUAUUCCCUUCUGAGGACAUGGAAAUAUAUAGAGAGGCGGAACAAUUAGCUCAUGAGGCUAAAUCCUCGCGUCAGUUCACUGACCUCAACAAAUUCACGCUAAAAUGCCUUGUCUGCAAUAAAUUCCUCACGGGACAAGUUGAGGCUCAACGUCACGCGAAAGAAACUAAACACACAAACUUUGGAGAAUUCUAGCACCGUCUGUAUUCUCAUAAUGUAGAUUAAUGAUUCAUUUUAUUGCUGGCAACACUAAAUAUCUAUGGUCAAAUGUCACAAAUAAAUUUGACAGUUAAAAAUGGAUUUGUUAAUUACUCGUCUUAAAGUGACUUUUUAUAGCUUGGA